AUGACUGACGCUGAGCUCGAUCGCGACUGGGUCCCCAACGGACGCCGACCCUUAUCGACUGUGGCCCGCUCCUUCUCCCAAGAGCUGAUGGACAUCUUCCGCAUCGACAACUCCGUUUCUGACCUCGAUCAGCAAGUUUCUGAAAGACGCGAAACCGUGGGCAAAAACAACCAGGAGCUUGCCGACCUCGAAGCCCGUAUCCGCGAAAUGGAGGAACGCCUCCGUCGCAACAAGGGCGGCAAUUCUGCUCAGCGAUCUCAACAGUCUGCAAGUGUUGCUCCCCCUGCACCCUCAAAGGGUGAAAACAAGCCGCGACCAGGUACGACUCGUGCCCCCCAGCAAGCACCCAGUUCUGGCAACAUGCCCCCAACGCCUGGGGCCAGCGAAGGUGAUUAUUAUCUCGUGACCCGGGCUGAUUUGGACGACUCCCCUCGCUGA